AUGGACCGCGAAGCUGAUGCGGCCCAAGGCACUGCCCCGCCUCAGGAUGGAGAGCAGCCCGAAGAGUCCCCAGAGCCACCGCCGCCUUGGCCGCCACCGCCGCCAGCUCCACCGCCUGUCCCUCCGCCACCCGCUCCUCCACCACCAGCUCCUCCACCGCUCUCUGAGCCUUCGCCAGAACCCAAACCCGAGCCCUGUCCAGAGCCUGUUCCAGGACCCUGUCCCGAGGCGACUCCAGAACCAGCCACAGAAUUAGACACCCAUCCUGCCACAGAGCUGGCCACAGAGCCAGUCCCAGAACUAGCCAUAGAACCGGCCCCGGAGCCGGUCCCAGAACCUGCCGCAGAACCGGCCCCAGAGCCGGUCCCCGAACUAGCCACAGAGCCGGUCCCGGAGCCGGUCCCCGAACUAACCACAAAACCAGCCAAAGAGCUGGUCCCUGAACUAGCCACAGAGCCGGCCCCGGAGCUGGCCCCCGAACUAGCCAUAGAGACGGUCCCCGAGCCAACGGCCCCAGAACCUGUCACCGAGCUGGGCCUAGAGUCCUAUCCUGAACCAGCUCCAGAAACCUGUAGGAAGCCAAGUCCAGCACCAUGCCGAUUGCAGUGUCCAGUGGUCCCUCAAGAGAGGGGACUAAAGACCUCGCCAUUGCCAUCGCCCCGAACGCCAGUGACAUGGUCCAGAAUAAAGAAAAUAUUGAAGGAAGGACCUCUGCUGAAGAACUGCACCUCCUUCAAAAGAUGGAAACUUAGAUAUUUCUUAGUUCAAGGACAGAAGCUCUACUUUGCACAUCAUCCCGCGUUUGUACACUUUGAAACAAUUGAUCUUUCGCAAGUCACCUUGGCAGAAAGCAGCUGUAGAAAUCUUUGCCACAGUUUUUGUGUUAUUACACCAGAACGAAAAGUCACCCUGGCCGCAUCCAACCGAAAAGACAUGGAAGAAUGGAUUAAUAUCUUAAAAACUGUCCAACAAGGAGAAGUUCGCAAGAUACCUGCAGCAGAAAAUAAUCCUUUCCUUAUCGGAAUGCACUAUUGGUAUUCCAGCCACAGUCCCCGGACACAGCACUGCAAUGUUUGUCGAGAGACUAUUCCUGCCUUGUCUAGAGAUGCCAUCAUCUGUGAAGUGUGCAAAGUUAAAUCUCACAGAUUAUGUGCUUUGAGAGCUAACAAAGAUUGCAAGUGGAAUACCUUGUCUAUUACUGAUGACCUCCUGCUGCCUGCAGAUGAAAUACAAACAAUGCCCCAUCAGUGGGUAGAAGGAAAUAUGCCUAUCAGCUCUCAAUGUGCAGUAUGUCAUGAGAGCUGUGGCAGUUAUGAAAGACUUCAAGAUUUCCGCUGUCUCUGGUGCAAUGCUACGGUGCACAGUGACUGUCGGAGACGGUUUUCCAAGGAAUGUUGCUUCGGGACUCAUCGCUCAUCCAUAGUCCCUCCCACAGCUCUGAGCGAUCCCAAAGGCGAUGGCCAGUUAGUAGUAUCUUCAGACUUCUGGAAUCUCGAUUGGUCAUCUGCUUGUUCAUGCCCUUUACUCAUCUUCAUUAAUUCCAAAAGUGGCGAUCAUCAAGGGAUCGUCUUCCUCCGAAAAUUCAAGCAAUACCUUAAUCCGUCUCAAGUGUUUGAUUUAUCAAAGGGCGGGCCUGAAGCAGGGCUGUGUAUGUUCAAGAACUUUGCUCGUUUUCGUGUUCUGGUCUGCGGUGGAGAUGGCAGUGUGAGCUGGGUGUUAUCUCUGGUUGAUGCCUUUGGAUUACAUGAAAGGUGUCAGCUGGCAGUCAUACCGCUUGGAACUGGCAAUGAUCUGUCCCGUGUCCUGGGUUGGGGUGCAUUCUGGAGCAAAAGCAAAUCACCACUUGACAUCCUCAACAGAGUGGAACAGGCUAGCGUGAGGACUCUUGACAGAUGGAGUGUGAUGAUUCGCGAGACUCCCAGAAAAGUUCCACUGCUAAAAGGACAGGUUGAAAUGGAUGUACCAGAAUUUGAGGCUGCUGCUAUCCAACACUUGGAGUCUGCAGCCACUGAGCUCAACAAAGUCCUAAAGGCCAAGUAUCCCACAGAGAUGAUCAUCGCUACCAGAUUCCUAUGCUCUUCAGCAGAAGAUUUUGUGAUUGAUAUUGUAAAGACCUGGCAGCAGAUAAAGCAGAACAACACAGCAGUAGAGUCUGUGAUUUUGAAAAGUGACUUAAUGUAUGAUAAGCUCAGUGUCCUGAUUGAUAUCCUGGCUGAGGAGGCAGCAGCUACCUCAGCUGAGAAAAGUGAAGAUGAUGGCAUAGCAAGUGGAACGCCCUUCUUCAUCUCUCAAACGGACCAAAUAACCAAAUGCAAGUUGGAUCUGGCCACAAGAGCCAAGAAUCUCCAGAAAUCCUUGAAACUCAUCAUAUUCCAAGUUGAACAAGUUCUGGACAAGGAAACCAGACAAACAAUAUCAGUCAAGAACUUUACAUCAACUUUACUCCUGGGAGAUGAAGACUCAGAAGAUUUUAACCAGAUGAGCCCAAGACACCGUUCUCUUCAUGGUACACUGUCUUCUAUCCCUUCUCUCAAGAGUGAGGACCUAGACAACCUUAACUUGGAACAUCUACAUUUUAAUCCUGAAACAAUACGCUUCAAAGAAAAGUGUGUCAUGAACAACUAUUUUGGAAUUGGACUGGAUGCGAAAAUUUCUCUGGAGUUCAACACCAGAAGAGAAGAACGCCCAGGACAAUACAAUAGUCGCUUUAAGAACAAGAUAUGGUAUGGUCUUCUGGGAGGCAAGGAACUACUGCAGCGGUCUUACAGGAAACUGGAAGAACGAUUGCACCUGGAGUGUGAUGGAGAAGUUAUCUCCUUGCCAAAUCUGCAAGGAAUUGUAGUGCUUAAUAUUACCAGUUAUGCUGGAGGUGUCAACUUCUGGGGAAGCAAUACAGCAACCACGGAAUAUGAGGCUCCAGCAAUAGAUGAUGGGAAGCUGGAGGUCGUGGCAAUCUUUGGUUCUGUGCAGAUGGCCAUGUCCCGCAUCAUCAAUUUGCAUCACCAUCGAAUUGCCCAGUGCCGCGAGGUGAUGAUAACCAUCGAUGGUGAAGAAGGUAUUCCAGUACAGGUGGAUGGGGAAGCCUGGGUCCAGAGGCCAGGCCUAAUAAAGAUUAGAUACAAAAAUGCUGCCCAGAUGUUGAUGAGAGAUCGGGACUUUGAGAAUUCAAUGAAAAUAUGGGAAAACAAACAUACUGAAAUUCAAGCUAUACCUCAACCCCAGCUGGACUCCCAAGAAUCUCAAGACAGCCUCUCUGAUGAGGAAUAUGCCCAGAUGAAGCAUUUAGCUCAGCUUGCAGAAAACCUCAUUAGCAGCCUCAAUGACCUGAGCAAGGUCCACCAGCAUGUAUCUGUCCUCAUGGAUUCUGUAAAUGCCAGCACUAACAUCCUGAAUGAUCUAUUUUAUCCACAAGACACUGACAGUGAGGCAGCCGCAGUUUUCUGUACUCCCAUUGAGACUCUAAGCAGAAAUGACGCAGUAGAUGUUACAUUUAGUCUUAAAGGGCUCUACGAUGACACCAAAGCUUUCCUGGAAGAAAACUUGUUGAGAAAUGCUGAAGAUAACACCACACUACAAAAUGCUCUAGAUGCCAUGAAUAGAGAGUUUGAAAAACUAUCAGAGAUCGCUUGGAUGAAUCCUAUCCUUGUUCCAGAGGAAAAGUCUUCUGAUACUGAUAGUAGAAGCUUCAGGAUAAAAGCUAAAUUUCUCAAAUUUGGGAAAAAAAAGCUAGAAGAGGAAGACAAGCCUAAAGCAGCCCCAAGAUUCCAUGGUUUUCUUGGGAAUCUGUGGCAUCGCAGAUAUCGCAAAGAUGAAACAAAGGGUGAUGAUCUUCCAACAUCAUCAAGUUCUCAACUGUAG